CUUUUUAAGACACUACGUCACAAGAUGGCGAUUAAAAUGUUCUGUUAAAUUGUUCAUAUCUUUCGAUUCGGUAGUAUAUCGUCGUACCUAAGUGGUUAAAGUAUUGGGCUUCUGAACCACAUACCAUGAGUUCGAAUCCGCGCCUAGUGCUUUUGCUGAUGUUUACUGAAUUAAAUUUUCGAAAAUGUAAUUUUUCAUCCAAAAUUGCACAUUUUUUGCCUACUUGGCUUAAAUGCUUCUUAUCCGUUAUGAUAUCUAUCAUUAUCAAGUAAUUUUCUGCUGAUUUGAGAAAAAAAUUUCAAGGUGUAGUGAGCCACCUUAAACAAAAUUUUAAAACCACGAUUUUUUCGCGAACAUGCUAUGUAUUACUACGCGGCGCAGCCAUUACCGUUUGUCGGUUAUGCUAUGAGACACGCCCAUUUUUUGUCGCUCAUUAUUUUAUUAAAAUUUUUAGCUUCAAAAUUGAUUCGUAAUGUUAACACAGACAAAGACAGUUGAAAAUGUAAAUAUUUGAUUAUAUUGCCAAUGAAAGAACAGAAUGCAAAGGUAGAGACAAGGUGGUUCCCCGGCCCAGUAUAAAGCUUACCAUUUACAUACAAUGUAUAGAACCGCGCUUAAAACUGGCUAAAUCUUAUUAUACCAACUUUUGGUUAUUCAUGAGGGUUACCAAGCAAGACAUUUUACAAGAACAAGGAAAACAUUAAUUAUACAGUGCAUCAAAAUUCCCAGGUCAAAAUAAUAAAAUCCGAAGAACAUGUUAAGUCUGAUUAGAGCAGAAGUCGAUAAGAAACAUGAAUGUCCUGUUAUGUUCGGUCGUUUUCAUCGUAGCGAUUUUGCAAGUUGGGGAGUGUUCGGACACCUGUUGUAAUGAUGACAGCGAUUGUCCCGAACUCCACUGCUGUGUUAAGCCGCUCAGGGGCAAGCGAUCCCUCGCCAGUUGUGGCAAUUCCGGCGGCAGAUGCACGCGUUACGGGGGUCUAAAUCAAGGCUGCCACGUUGGUCACAGAUUCACCUGCCCCUGCCUUCCUGGACUUACCUGUGUAGGGACGGGGCUGAGAGAAAUCCCCCAGGGAGAAGUCGGGGUUUGCCGAACACGGUCUUACGGCAAGAAAUGGCGGUACCAACUGGGAUAAUUCUUCAGAUUAUUUGACAUAUCCCGUGAAGAACAGAGCAAUUUUAUUUAUUUCUAUGUCUUUAUUAUAAAUAAAUAAAAAAUAAAGAUUAGUUUCGACCCGGAAAUGUCAUAUUGUGGCGUAAUGUCUUUAGUCAAAAUGUAAGAAGUCUUCAACAUUUAUUUCAGGGGAACGCAACCUUUUUAAAAUGGAAAACCGUAUAAAAUUAACAUUUUUUGGCAUAUCUAAAUCGUAGGGUCAUUCUUAUAAUUGUCUUCAGAAGUACAGCGUAAUAAAUGCGUCAUUUUAGCAAGUCUGUUUGUAACUGCAAAUAAAGUCGGAAAAUACUGUACAUUUUCAAAAGUUAUAUCAAUAUAGACAAAAUGUUAGCUCGUCUGAAAAAACAUUGACGUUCAAAAUCUUCUAAGGUGGUAUGCAUGGGGCACCUGUCGAUAUCAAUGUGGAUAAAAGUACAUUAUAAUCAAAGUAGAAUUUAGAAUUUUCAAAUCUUACAAUAUUUGACCAAAAGAUGUGUUUUAACAUUUUUUUUGGAAAGGUAAUAAUUAUAAAGUCCUACCUGGAUUUGAACUCAUGACUUAUAGUGUCCCAUACCACCUUAAAGUCAAGAUCUGGUAAAUGAUUCUACAGUGUCUUCUUGGUGCUAGAACCAUUACGAUACAUGUAAUUAAUUUCUUUUUCCUGUUCUAUACAGCUUUAAAGGAAUUAUGUAGAAAACGAGACUGUACGCAAUCAAAAUAUGUUUCAUUAGUAAACAAGAGGCCCAUGGGCCACAUCGCUCACCUGAGGAACAAUAGGUAUGACAAAGUCAGCUUAAUGGAGUCAUAAUACAAACAAUCUGGACAAUGUACAAUAAUACAUGUAGAUCCUGUAUAAAUAAAAUCCAUUUCCCCCCAUGGAACUCGGAUAGCCCUGAUUGCUGCCAAUAUUUACAAGAGCAGACUUUAAUCACCGCUCCUGCACAUAUAUAGGAACUCAAUGUUACGCAGGCAGUGAUGACCGCACACAUACGCAACUCAACAGAUACCAACGUUUCCGCCAACAGCUCAACCUAACGUAAGCAGGGAGUGCCGCAUAUUUGCGCUAGAAAGGCCUGAACACCAGCAGGGAUGACCAUACACUAGUGCUCCACCUCAACCACCACCAAUGCAAGCAGGUAUGACUGCACACUUGUAGUAAUGCGAUAUAGAGCAGGAAUGACCGCAAACUUUGUAUCAAAGGUUAGAAAACACGGAUGUUCACACAUUCAAUCUAUCCACACCUGUUCAAGUUUAACCCCAAACAGUCGCUCAUCGUAAUGCAAUAGACACUGUCCCUAUAUAUGUGCCGGCCUAAAAUAAUUCAUAGUAUCUAAAAAUUGGAAAUCAAAAAUAAACAAACUAAUCCGGCCUAACCCAAAACUUCUUAUGCAGAACAACUUAUAUACAUUGAAUAUUAUUAUUGUAUAAAAAUAAUCAUCAAAAUAAUUGGUUAACAGUGGAUGCAUUAAUUAAAAUAAUCAAGAAUCAAUAAAUCAAGGGCAAUAACUCAAUACAGUAAUACAAAAAAAUUCUAAUGAAAAAAUAGCUGCCUGCUUCAAUUUUAUAGUCAUAUCACAUGUUGAGUAUUGCAGUUCACAAAAAAAUCCUUUACAAUUGUUUAUAUAUGGGAUAUUUAGCUACAUCAAACUCUGAACCUUCUUGUGAGGCCGAAGAAUUGUCCUGGAGCCAAAGUUUUAACAAUUAUAAAGAAUCAUCUUGCUGAUUAGUUUCUGAGAAGAAGAUUUUUAAAGAUUUACUCUAUA